AUGCGCAUGAGCCAAUGUGUUACUCAGGCCUUUUUCAGUCACACGUUUGGAUCAGCCGCACCUAUGAUACUGAUCAUUAUGGCCUUUGACAGGUUUGUGGCCACAUGUUACCUGUUAAGGUACACAUCAAUAAUGACAACCAAAACUGUAGUUACGCUGUCUGUGUCUGCUUGGGGGGCUUCCCUUGUGUUAGUGUCUGUCCGACUGGGUCUCACCAUAAGGCUAUACCGCUGCAGUUCAAUCAUUCUGAAUGUUUAUUGUGACAACGCAUCGUUGUUCAAGCUAUCCUGUGAGGACGUUUCAAUCAAUAACAUUUAUGGGCUCGUUUUUACUGUGCUGCUCUUUACUUCUUCAAUGGGAAGCAUAGCUGUCACUUAUUUCAGGAUUGCUGUGAUUUGCUGGACCAUAGCUAAAAGCAAGGAGCUAAACAACAGAGCAUUGCAGACCUGUGCAAGCCACCUGGUGCUCUAUCUCAUUAUGCUGUGGAGUGGGUUUCUAACCAUCAUACUGCAUCGCUUUCCAGACUAUCCAUAUUUGAGAAAACUGGCUUCCGUUCUAUUUCAUGUUGUCCCUGUUCAUUUUAAUCCAAUUAUCUACGGCUUGCAAACAAAGUCAAUGAGGCAGAAAAUUAUACAAAUACUCAGCCGGAAAGUUACACAAUCAUAG